CCGCCCCCGCCGAGACCCGCCGCGGGUGGGGAGUGAAGGGGGGGAGAGGCCCGCGGCUCCCUCUCCCCCCCGCCGCCGCCUCCCGUCGAGGCGCAGCCGGGCGCGACAGCGGGGCCGGGGGCCCCCGGGCGAUGGCCGCGGAGCUGGCGAUGGGCGCCGAACUGCCCAGCAGCCCGCUGGCCAUCGAGUACGUCAACGACUUCGACCUGAUGAAGUUCGAGGUGAAGAAGGAGCCGCCCGAGGCCGAGCGCUUCUGCCACCGCCUGCCGCCCGGCUCGCUGUCCUCGACGCCGCUCAGCACGCCCUGCUCCUCCGUGCCCUCCUCGCCCAGCUUCUGCGCGCCCAGCCCGGGCACCGGCGGCGGCGGCGCGGGGGGCGGCAGCGGCGCGGCGCAGGCCGGGGCCACCGCGGGGCCGACGGGCGGGGCCCCGGGCGCCGUCGGGGGCGCCUCGGGGAAGCCGGCGCUGGAGGAUCUGUACUGGAUGAGCGGCUACCAGCACCACCUGAACCCCGAGGCGCUCAACCUGACGCCCGAGGACGCGGUGGAGGCGCUCAUCGGCAGCGGCCACCACGCCGGGCACCACGGCGCGCACCACCCGGCGGCCGCCGCGGCCUACGAGGCUUUCCGGGGCCAGGGCUUCGGGGGCGGCGGCGGCGCGGACGACAUGGGCACCGGCCACCACCACGGCGCGCACCACGCCGCCCACCACCACCACGCCGCCCACCACCACCACCACCACCACCACGCGGGCGCGGGCCACCACGGCGGCGGCGGCGGCGGCGCGGGCCACCACGUGCGCCUGGAGGAGCGCUUCUCCGACGACCAGCUGGUGUCCAUGUCGGUGCGCGAGCUGAACCGGCAGCUCCGCGGCUUCAGCAAGGAGGAGGUCAUCCGGCUGAAGCAGAAGCGGCGCACGCUCAAAAACCGCGGCUACGCGCAGUCGUGCCGCUUCAAGCGCGUGCAGCAGCGGCACAUUCUGGAGAGCGAGAAGUGCCAGCUCCAGAGCCAGGUGGAGCAGCUGAAGCUGGAGGUGGGGCGCCUGGCCAAGGAGCGGGACCUGUACAAGGAGAAAUACGAGAAGCUGGCGGGCCGGGGCGGCCCCGGGGGCGCGGGCGGGGCCGGCUUCCCGCGGGAGUCCUCGCCGCCGCAGGCCGGGCCCGGCGGGGCCAAGGGCGCACCCGACUUCUUCCUGUGAGCGCCCGGGCCGAGCGCGCGCCGCCGCCGCCACCGGCCAGAGGCGCGGGCCGCCGGCGCCGGACUGGAGGCCCCUGCCGGCCG